AUGGCUGCUUCUCCAUCUGAUGUCAUCAAUCCUGCUUCUACGUCCCAGUUUCAUAACAUCAAUAUGUCCAAUGUCACCAAGCUCACCGCUUCCAAUUUCCUGAUGUGGAACCGUCAAGUUCAUGCCUUGCUUGCAGGUUACGGUCUUGUCGGGUAUCUUGAUGGCACCACGGUUGCACCAGAUGCGACUGUGCUCCAAGGUGAAGCUUCUAUUCCUAAUCCAGAGUAUAAUCUUUGGGAACCGCAAGAUCAACUCAUUGUUGCUAGCCUUCUCGGUGCGAUCUCGACUGAGAUCCAACCCAUGCUCUCCAAGCUUCGAGAACAGAUCAAGCAAUGGCGGAAGGGUUCUCGUACUGUUGAUGAAUACGUUCAAGGUUUGGUUGUUCGUUUCGAUCAACUUGCUACGCUUGGCAAGCCAUACGAACAUGAAGAACAGAUCGAGUAUCUGUUAGGUGGGCUUCCUGAGUAUUAUAAGCCUCUUGUUGAACAGAUCGAGGGUCGUGACACGCCUCCCUCCAUGCCUGCCAUUCAUGAAAAACUCAUUAAUUAUGAGUUGAAGCUUCUUACACAAGGUUUUGCGUCCUCCGUUGUUCCGGUCACGGCCAAUGCUGCCUUUUACAAGUCCUCCAACAACAACAACAACAACAACUCCUCCCGUCCACAUCGGCCUCCGUCACGUGGUUCACACCACCACAACUCCCGUGGCUCCCAUGGCAAAGGUUACCAAGGUCGUUGUCAAUUAUGUGGUGUCUNAAGGACUAAUGUUGUAAUUAGUGAUUGA